AUGGCCACAAAAUCGCAGAUAUUUACAGGAUUGACAAUGGCGUCAACAACGCCCGCGUCUUCAUUCCAAGCCUCUUCUUCUUCUUCUUCUUCAUCAUCCUCCACCAGUCUCUCUAUGGUCAGGAGACCUCUCGCGACCUCCUUCUUUAAUGGUGGAGUGGGAGCUCUGAGAGUUGAAGUGAUUAGGGUCGCUCCUUCCUAUAAGAGACAUAAUUUUAGACAACGUGGAGGUGCUCUUGGUGCCCGUAUGAACCUUUUUGAUCGGUUUGCUAGAGUUUUGAAGUCAUAUGCAAAUGCACUCAUAAGUUCCUUUGAAGAUCCUGAGAAAAUCUUGGAGCAAGCAGUCCUUGAAAUGAAUGAUGACUUGACGAAGAUGCGUCAGGCCACGGCACAAGUAUUGGCAUCUCAAAAACGGUUGGAAAAUAAGUAUAAAGCUGCGCAACAAGCUUCUGAGGAAUGGUACCGAAAAGCACAAUUAGCUCUUAAAAAAGGAGAGGAGGAUCUUGCACGUGAAGCUCUGAAGAGGCGUAAAUCUUUUGCGGAUAAUGCUAAUUCUUUGAAAACUCAACUUGAUCAACAAAAAGGUGUUGUUGAUAAUCUUGUCUCUAAUACAAAGCUUUUAGAGAACAAGAUACAAGAAGCAAGGUCGAAAAAAGAUACCCUCAAAGCACGUGCUCAGUCUGCAAAGACUGCUAAUAAAGUGAGUGAGAUGGUGGGGAAUGUUAAUACAAGUAGUGCCCUUUCCACUUUUGAAAAGAUGGAAGAGAAAGUCUUAGCACUGGAAUCCCAAGCAGAAGCUCUUGGCCAGUUAACUACAGAUGAUCUAGAAGGAAAGUUUGCAAUGCUAGAGAGCUCUUCUGUUGACGAUGAUCUUGCAAACUUGAAGAAAGAACUGUCUGGUAGUUCAAAGAAAGGAGAGCUUCCGGCUGGAAGAACUGUUGCUCCUUCGAACAAGGCAUAUCCAUUUAAGGAUUCUGAGAUUGAGAUGGAGCUUAAUGAAUUAAGACGGAGAGCCAAGGACUUCUAAGUUCUGCUUUACAGGCACAUUUUGAAUUAUUUAAACGCAAAUAUGAAGUUGGUACCAUAUAAAUAAUUGGUUAACGUUUGUAUAGUGGAAGGCCUACAGAUUAACAGUGUACAAUAGACAGCGUCUCAUGCUCUAAUUGUAAUCUACAUCUGCAGCAAAAAGCUAGCAUUUUUUUAUUUCCACAGCGUAAUAGUUGAAGGCCAACAUUUUUUUAUCUUUGGCAUCUCUUAUGAGUUGUAUCCUUGUAAAAACUCAAUCUACAAUGAUUGGCUUA